ACCUAAAGAAUUUCUUAGCUGUUACAUCAACUUAUUAUUAUUAUUAAAAAAAAAAGCCGAUGGCCGGAAUUAUGGUGAUUUUGGAUUUCGACAAGACGAUAAUCGAGGUGGAUAGCGAUAAUUGGGUGGUGGAUGAACUUGGCGCCACCGAUUUGUUCAACGAGCUUCUUCCCACCAUGCCGUGGAAUUCACUAAUGGAGAGGAUGAUGAAAGAGAUGCAUGCAAAUGGGAAGACAAUUGAGGAGAUUAAGGAUGUUCUAAAGAGAGUUCCUAUACAUCAUAGGGUUGUUCCUGCAAUCAAGACUGCCCAUGCUUUAGGGUGUGAUUUGAGGAUAGUGAGUGAUGCAAACAUGUUUUUCAUCGAGAUGAUUCUUGAUCAUCUUGGAAUAAGAAACUGCUUCUCAGAAAUAAACUCGAACCCGAGCUUUAUUAAUGGCGAAGGGACGCUGAUAAUCUCACCUUACGUUACAUCACCCCAUGGUUGUAAUCUCUGCCCUCCAAACAUGUGCAAGGGUAUGAUAAUAGAGAGGAUUCAAGCAAAUGAAGGAAAGAAAAAGAUUAUAUAUCUAGGCGACGGUGUAGGCGACUUUUGCCCGAGUUUGAAGCUUAAAGAAGGAGAUUUUAUGAUGCCGAGGAAGAAUUUCCCGGUUUGGAAAUUGAUAUGUGAAAAUCGAGAGAUCUUGAAGGCGGAAAUAUUCGAGUGGAUUGACGGGAAAGAGUUGGAGCGGAUUCUAAUCGGGCUUAUCGAGAAGAUCACGAUUGAAGAGGCUAAUAAUGAAGUUCAGUUGUUAUCCGCAGUUGAUUGCAAGUUCGAGACAAUUCCAAUUGUAGCACACGAGGCAUUUCCCCCGCCCCUUAGAGUUCAUCACUAGGAUUUUAAUGGAUGAUUUUUGUGUACUUGGGGAAAUUGCCAAAAACAAAAUUUGGCCAAGAAAAAACUAAGUCAAGCUUUGGCCCCUCUCUCUUUUUUCUUUUUUGUGUGUGUAAGAAUUUGGCGUACUUGUGAAGAAAUGGAGUAUGCUUUUUGCUCCUCAAAUUCAUGGUCUUUCCUCUUUUUUUGGCUAA